CCCGGCGGAAGUGGUUAGUGGACUCCAACAGCUAGCUGGCUAGGGCGUUGCUAGCGGCAGAAAGUGGGAUUUUUUUGUGGUACCUCUACACAAGUUGUAUUCUUGUUUAAAAAAAAAAAAAAAAACAACAACGCCGUGCGUCGGGGGGAAAACUGCGUUUGAUGUUCUGCAAAAGUUUUACGCCCCUUUCACGGUUAUUCUCGGUCGUCGUUUCCAGGGGAGGGCUUGUUACUUUCUGUCCCGUUAGCUGGCCACAUAGCUAGCCCCUGGUUUCUUUCCAUCCACGGGAAUUCUGCCGAGAAAACACUGAAUCCUGGAAACAUGGAGUCAAGGAGCGUAGCGCCGAGCUAAACCACUCCGCUGGCAUUUUUCUUCCCUUCAAGGAGACUUUUUUUUCUUUCCCCUGAAGGACGUAACACGGAGGCAUAUCGCACGCCAGCCCCAACAUACAUGAGGUGUUGUGUAUGUAUAUUUUUCGGUCGUGGGCCGGCUCAUUGUUGCGAACGGGAGUUUGCUUAGUUUGCACACGAAGCAAAGUUUUUUUGCUGAAAGAGCUCAUCUGUUUUGUUAGCUAGUAGCUGGCGAGAUUCAACAGCUUGUCGCGAGAAAGGCAUUUCACGAGAAAAAUGCGUUUGUUUUAAACUGUUAUUUCAACCGUUUUUUUUUUUUGUUUUGUUUUUGUUUUUUUGAGUGUUAUCACCGGUUAGCUUCAAUUUGCUAAAUUUGUAACACGGCUCGUUUUAAACUCUCGGCAUCGAGCGAUUCUCAUGGUCACGGGAGAGUCUUCCCCACAGACACGGACACGGACGCAGACAGGCAUUUCUGGGAGCAGGGAAUACCAAAUGGGACUGUAGGAAUUUCCAGCAUCUUCAAAGAUCAUUUAAGGCACCGAGGCCGAGCGAGGGGUGGUGGCAGACGGACUACAUCGCAGGGCCAAGGGUGCCUGUUACAUUGGAGCACGGAUUGUUUACACAUUUCACAUCGGCGGAAAACUGGGAUGUGAUUGCAAAAAAAAAGGAGUCAUCGGAGGAGUUCAUACAUGCACGACAACUUGUGCCACCCGGAGAAGAGUAUUUAUUCUUGUUGCCCAAAACAUUGUAUAUCGCCGGAGGAGGACGUCAUCUGACUGUACAAACGACUACGACCGAGGCCCCGAUUCAUUUUUUUAAGGUCUGCACUGUAGAUUCCUCGCUGCUAUUUCAUUUUUUAAGUGGGGGGGUUGUGGUGUUUUUCGCAUACUGUUUGGACGUGCCUUGCAGCGGGGCCCAUCAGUAUCCUCACACAGUUAAUUGAUCCUCUGCACCGUUCUCCAAAAAAAUCAUCGCCUACUUCGGACGAAUGCCAGAGAAGGAAGCUCCAGGAAAUCGCCUCACCACACUCUGGAAAAUGUUAAUAGGAUAUAAUUUGCUGCAAAUCUAGAACCGGAAGCCCAAUGAGUGACACACAGUCCAGCUUCACUGACAGGUUUCCCAAGAAAGCAAACAGAACAAGCAGCAUUCUCACUAAAGACCACCCCCCGGAUAAGAAACCCAAAAGUGACAAACCCACGCCAUCUUCCAAUGAGUUUGACCCUACAGAAGCUCUGGUGGUGCAGAAGAGUGGCAGCAGCAGUGUGCUAGCAGAGGGGAAGCCUGAGUCCUGUGGUCUGGUCCAUCGAUGUGUAAUCAUCCAGAAAGAUGAAAAUGGCUUUGGGCUCACUGUCAGCGGUGACAACCCGGUGUUUGUGCAGCUUGUCAAAGAAGAUGGGGCUGCAAUGCGGGCAGGUGUUCAGACAGGAGACAGGAUCAUUAAGGUUAACGGGACCCUUGUUACACAUUCUAACCACAUUGAAGUGGUGAAACUUAUCAAAUCGGGCUCCUAUGUGGCCCUCACAGUGUUAGGGCGCCCUCCAGGGCUUGCCCAGAUCCCUUUGCCCGAAGCAGAGCCUGAAAUGUUGGGCGUUAGCAUAUCAUCUCCAAACUCUCCGGCAUCAGAACGCCCCUACAGUCCUCAGGACCGCCUCUCCUCUCCACAGCCACCAUGGGAUGAGAGCAGCACUGUCUGCAACCAGAAGGCUGACAUCUUGCAAAAGAAGCUCUCAAAAGAGCAGCAGGAGCUGCAGGCCAUGAAGGAGGAAUACAGCAGGAACCCCUCCCCCAAACUACUGAAAGACAUCCAGGAAGCUAAAAAACACAUUCCUCAGCUGCAGGGUCAGCUCCUCAAGGCCACUGGGACGACACAGGAUGCUGUUCCAGGUGGUGAUGCAGAAGACAGUAGCUUGUUUGAGACAGAGCGCACACUAGCCCUUAAAGGAGACAACAGUACAGACCUGUCCUGGAGCAGCACUCCUAUAUCUCGCAUUUUCGGGCACGUUUCUCCAGAGAGCCAGUUUCAAAGAGAGUCAUCCUGCCCCAGCCCAAAGAGCACACCCAGGAACAGCCUCAACUCCUGCCACUCCCCUGAGACAGAGGACGCCACUGACCUGGACUCUCUGUCUCCUACCACAGUCAGCAGUCCCUCCUAUUCCCGCCUUGUCUCGCAAAUCAUUGGAGCUGAAGAUGAUUAUUUUGAUUCAGACCAGGAACAGGCAAACGGCCAGUGUAACAGCUUUAAUAGUAUUGAGCAGCUCAAGUCUCGCCCCGCCCACCUCGCAGCCUUUCUGCAUCACGUCAUCUCUCAGUUCGACCCUGCUCCUGUGCUGUGCUACCUCUAUGCUGACCUCUACAAGCAGACCAACUCCAAAGAGACCAGACGGGUGUUCAUGGACCUCCACAACUUCUUCAUUGACCGGGGAGCACAUUUAAAAGUUACCGUUCCUGAAUCUGUUUCCUCUGAUCUUGAUCGGCGGCGGACAGAACUGAUCCCAGAAGAAAUUAACAGGCAGCAUGUUCAAACACUGCAGGACUCUCUGCUUCCUGACAUUCAGAAGAACCUUGAGGACUUUAGGCAGAAGCGCAGUAUGGGCCUAACAGUGGCUGAAGUUGAGCUGGCCAGACUGGACCACGAGAGAGGCAGAGACCGUGUCACUCUAGAGCGGGAACGCUCAUACGCCGAAAACAUCAUUGCCAAGAUAGAAGAUAUUCUGUUAUCGACUCAGACCACAGAGGAAGAGAAAUGCACCACAAUGCAGUAUGUUAUCUAUACGUACAUGAAGCACCUUGGAGUGAGGGUUAAGGAACCUCGCAGUCUGGAGUCCAAAAGAGUCCGGAUCAGCUUUCUUCCCAAGAUUAAGAAAAGCAUGAAGGCUGAAAAGGAGGGAGAAGAGAAAGUUAAGAAAAACAGAUUUCAAAGUAUCCUUGCACCUCAGCGUCGGCCCAGUCGCAUCGAAGCAGCUUCAGUGGGUAAAGCCCUGGACAGUCGCCCCCGGCCUCAGAAACAGUUGUCUCAGCCUUCGUUGGGGGCAAGCGACCACGCGGAGGCCGUCCGUCUGAGAGGCAGCCAGUCGAGCGAGGGCUCCGAACUCACGCACUUCAUGGCCGUCAACACUUCAUCCCCAAUCAGCGCCACCUACAGCUCGGACAACAGCCGGGACGCUGAAAGUUGUGGGACUCCAACCUCAGGCAUCUCCAGGCUGAGUGACGGCCCCCAGCCCGACCCUCUGGAGGGGUUGACGUACGCUGCUCCAAACUUUGAUCUUUACAGCCUGGACCAACUACAAGAGGACGACAGAGAAAGCGACAAACCUCAUGAGGGAACACCAAAGGCCAUAAGAAGGCUUGAGGGACUGGGAGCAGCUGAUGUCCAGAGUGAGGACGACCAAGGGACGGACUCCGAGCACGAUCCCCCAAACUGGCAGCAGCUGGUGGGACGAGACGUCCUAGCGGGUCUGAGGCCUCACGAAAUCAAGAGACAGGAAGUUAUUAACGAGUUGUUUUACACCGAACGAGCACACGUGCGGAUGCUGAAGGUUCUGGACCUCGUUUUCUACCAGAAGCUUUCCAAAGAGGCCAUCCUGCCUCCCGCCGACAUCAAGAACAUCUUCACCAACCUGGAAGAGAUUCUGCAGCUACAUGUUUCAAUACUUGAGCAAAUGGUAGCCGUUCGGAAGAGAAAUGAGUCUUCAGUAAUUGAUCAGAUAGGAGACGACUUGCUCUCCUGGUUCAGCGGCGCAGAGGAGGAGAAGAUAAAGCAGGCCGUGGGGACGUUCUGCAGCAACCAGCCUUUCGCUCUGGAGAUCAUCAAGACCAAGCAGAAGAAAGACUCCAGGUUCACGUCGUUCAUUCAGGAGGCAGAGAGUAACAGACAGUGUCGCCGCCUGCAGCUUAAGGACAUCAUUCCUGUAGAGAUGCUACGACUCACAAAGUACCCCUUGCUGCUAGACAACAUCGUCAAGUACACAGACAAUGCUGUGGAAAAGGACAAAGUUAAGCAGGCAGCAGACUGUUGCAGAAAGAUCCUCAGUCACGUCAACCAGGCUGUGAAGGAAUCUGAGGACAAGCAGAGGUUGGAGGACUAUCAGAGAAGAUUGGACCUCUCCUCUCUAAAGCAGACGGACAACCCCAUGAUCCUGGAGUUAAAGAACCUGGAUUUAACCAAGCGAACUUUAGUGCACGAGGGGCCACUAUCGUGGAAAGUGAACAAGGACAAGACCAUCGAGUUGUACACGCUCCUCCUAGAGGACAUCAUAGUUCUGCUACAGAAACAAGACGAGCGUCUGAUCCUUAAGUGUCACAGCAAAAACCUGGCAGGCAGCGCCGACACCAAACAUAUCUUCAGCCCCAUCAUCAAACUCAACACUGUGUUAGUGCGCUCCGUGGCUACAGACAACAAGUCCUUCUUCGUUCUCUCCAUGUCAGACAACGGAGCCCAGAUAUACGAGCUAAUGGCCCCCACAGUCUCGGACCAGAGAACGUGGCAGCGUCUGAUCACCCAUAGAGCUGAAGCCAUGAAAGUCAAGCCUCACAGCGUCAUACCGUUACCUCAGACCGAUGGAGACCGAGACAGUGUGGAGAUCAUUCCGGCAGGUGUUUCCAGAUUGGGCGCGGACCCAGAUCGCACGUCCACCGGCAGCACGCAGUCCACAGAUAAAGAGAGCAGCCCGGCCUCUCGAAGUGCGUUGCAGAGCUCUCUGCCUGGUAACAGUCCGUUUGAGGGGGUGAAGGCGGAUGAGGACGAGGAGGAAGGAUUUGUGAAACUGGAGAUGCCUUACGAAGGGGCUGAGGAUGGCAGGGAAGGAGACUCGUUCAACAUGUUUCCCUCCAGGGCGGACGAAGCACUAAAAAGCUUGGCAGCAUUAAAGCAGGUGCUGGUGACCCAGUUGAUGUGCCAGGGGCCAGCAGAGAUAACCAAACGCUCCACAGGGGCCCGUCUGCUCAGGACCACGUCUCUGAGGACCCCCGUAGACUUCCGCGCGCGGGUGACGGUCCACAACGGCUCAGAGAAGAGCAGCUCCCAGACCGAGGACAUGGCUCAGGACCUGGGAUCUGGGGACACCGGCUUCUUUGACUCACCUGAGGAUUAUGCAGGAUAUUUAGUCCUGGAGGGUUACGGCGGCACAGGGGAGAGCAGCACAGAUGAUGACAUCUUGGCAUCCACUACAGGGAAGCAGCUGAGCGCCUCGCAAGGCUGCGCUGCCGACUCCGGCAUCAAUUUGAGGUUUUCCUCAACCUCGCAGGCCGGGAGCCUCUCCUCUUUCAGCAGACAGGUCCUGUCUCACCUCAGAAAUCUUCAGGCCAACCUCAGCUACCUGAAGGAGGUGGAGUCCAAGUAUAAUAAUCUAAUACGCCAAAGGCCAGAGAGGUCAGCAGCUGACACAGAUGGAAACAAAGAUAAGAGAUAGUGGAAGUCUGUGCCGCAGCUUUUGGCUCUGGUCCCAAAGAGGAAGUACCGACUCGUAGUCUGUUCCUACUUCUUGUGUCCUGGACUUUCUGGACGUCCUAUAAGCUUGUCCUCUCACUGCUGAGCCCUCUAAUUUUUUUUUUUUUCCAUCGCCGUUGCCCGCGGUCGCCACAGAGAACGAGAGACUUGAGUGUGAGCAAACGUUUAAAGGGAGGAGUCAUCUUUGUGAUGCCGCGCCCCUCCCCACCUUCCUCCUCAGCACAAGGCAAUCAGGGAAGUGGGAUUGCCCCAGAACCUCACCCCUCUACCAUUUAACACCCAUUUCCCCCCCCUGAACUCCCUGCAAGAAAGAGAACUUAUACCAAAAUGUACAAAGAUGUGUGUUUAGAAUAUAUAUAUAUGAAACACAAAAACAAGAAAAGGAAAAUUUUAAAAUAAUGUAUUAAGAUUUUUUUUUUUUUAUCCCAAGAUGUAUUUAUUUUCUUUCUUUUUGUUGUUUUUUUUUUUUUUUUUAAAAAAGUGUUUCCCACAUUGCUUGCAUGCUUUUGGCCAUGGUGUUAACUUUUUGGCUGCUUAUCCUGCUCCAGUCGCACAGGGUUAGUCGGUGUGAGCAUUGAGUGUGCGCUAGCAUACCCCUGAUGAACAGCAGGACUAUAUUCAGACUGGUAGAGGCCGGAGUUGCACUGGUGAUGGAUAGAUCCCAUUGUGUUUUAAAACCUCUUUGAAUUGUGUCUAGAAUUUCAGAUAAAUUCUAGGUGUGGUGUAAACUAGAAUGAAGAGUCCGUAGGCUCUGAUCUGGUCCUGUUGCAUUUCUGUGCUGACUCCUUCGUCCUCCUCACUGUGAGAGGUAUUCUGCCUCCUCUUCUCCUUUUGCGUGUGGUUCUCCCCCUUCUUUUUCCCUGUGAACAUGUACGGGUGUGAUCCUUCUUCUCUUCCUCGCAGCCCAGUUGCUUUCAUGCUUAUUUAUCCCCCUCCUACUGCUCUAUAUGUCAUGCUUCCUCAUCCGCCUCUGGUUAUCUUGCCCUGUUGAACCCGCCCCACCCCUCUUCGUCUAAAAGGAGCGGUCGUGCUCCCUCAGUGUCUGCUCUUGACAGAAAUGCUGCUUCUUUCUGCUACUGUUGGCAAUGCUGAUCUGACUGCCUGAUAAUCUAAUAAUGUCAUGAAGUUCAACAUAUACUGUAAAAUGAUUAGAAGGUUAUGCAUAACUUUACGAAAUAAAUGUGCCAUGACAAAUCCAA